AUGGCAGCAAAUUUUGCAGUCAAGUCUCUAGAUCAUCUGGUUCUCACAGUCCGCUCCAUUCCAGCAACCGUGAAUUUCUACACGACGCAUUUGGGGAUGCGCCACGAGGUCUUUGCCUCACCCGCCGACCCCGCCAUGCAAAGGAGACAUGCUCUUCUCUUCGGCAGCCAAAAAAUCAACCUUCAUCAAUCAGGCAGGGAGUUUGAACCCAAAGCGCACAACGUCAUGCCGGGGAGCGGAGACUUGUGCUUUUUGACUGACACGAAUGUGGAGAAAGUACUGCAAGCUUUUCAAGAAGCAAAGAUUGAGGUCUUAGAGGGAGCCAAGAUCGUGCAUCGAACCGGGGCAGUUGGCAAGCUUAGAAGUGUCUAUGUGAGGGAUCCAGAUGGGAACUUGGUUGAAGUUUCAAACUAUGUAUGA